CAAGUCACAACUUCCGGACGGAGGCGGAAGCGCCUCUCGGGUCUGCGCUCCCGAAUCUUGGUUGUACGCCGAGGGGCCACCGGGGCACAGGAGAGGGCCACUGGAGGUGGUUCGACGGCGCUUGGGUGUCAGGGUUGCGGAUCUGAGGGAUGAGGAGGGGCCAUGGCCAGCGACGGGGCCAGGAAGCAGUUCUGGAAGCGCAGCAACAGCAAGGUCCCGGGCAGCAUCCAGCAUGUGUAUGGAGCCCAGCACCCACCUUUUGAUCCGCUGUUACAUGGCACCUUGCUCAAGUCUGCGCCCAAGGUGCCCACCACCCCAGUGAAGGCCAAGAAGGUCAGCACCUUUCAGGAGUUUGAGAGCAAUACCAGUGAUGCUUGGGAUGCAGGCGAAGAUGAUGAUGAGCUCCUGGCAAUGGCGACAGAGAGCCUGAACUCUGAGGUGGUCAUGGAGACAGCACACCGUGUCCUGCGCAACCAUAGCCAGAGGCACAGCCAGCCUUCACAGAAGGACACGCCAGAGCCUCAGCCCACAGCAGAGCCUCCUGCAGCUCCGAGUGGUGACCUCCGUCUGGUGAAGUCUGUCAGUGAGAGCCAUACUCCUUGUCCUUCAGAAAGCACCGGUGAUGCUGUCCCUCUGCAGCGGUCCCAGUCUCUCCCCUACUCUGCCACUGUUGCACUGAGUGGGACAUCUGACCCUCAUGCCCUUGGUGGCUCAGCCCUGAGUAAGAGAGAGGCCUCUCGGCUGGACAAGUUCAAACAGCUGCUUGCCGGCCCCAACACAGACCUCGAGGAAUUACGGAAGCUGAGCUGGUCUGGAAUCCCAAAGCCAGUACGUCCAAUGACAUGGAAACUUCUCUCAGGUUACCUUCCUGCCAAUGUCGACCGAAGACCGGCCACACUGCAGAGAAAACAGAAGGAAUACUUUGCUUUCAUCGAGCAUUAUUACAACUCUAGGAAUGAUGAAGUUCACCAGGACACGUAUCGUCAGAUCCAUAUUGACAUCCCUCGGAUGAGCCCGGAAGCUCUGAUUCUUCAGCCCAAGGUGACAGAGAUUUUCGAAAGGAUCUUGUUUAUAUGGGCUAUCCGACAUCCUGCCAGUGGAUACGUUCAGGGGAUAAACGACCUGGUCACUCCGUUCUUCGUGGUCUUCAUUUGCGAGUACAUAGACCAAGAGGACGUGGACGAGGUUGAUGUUUCUAGUGUGCCUGCAGAGGUGCUGCGCAACAUUGAGGCCGACACCUAUUGGUGCAUGAGCAAGCUGCUGGAUGGCAUUCAGGAUAACUACACCUUUGCCCAGCCUGGGAUUCAGACGAAAGUGAAGAUGCUGGAAGAACUGGUGAGCCGGAUUGAUGAGCGAGUCCACCGCCAUCUGGAUGGGCAUGAGGUGCGGUACCUGCAGUUUGCUUUCCGCUGGAUGAAUAACCUGCUGAUGAGGGAACUGCCUCUGCGUUGCACCAUCCGCCUGUGGGACACCUACCAGUCUGAACCCGAGGGCUUUUCUCACUUCCACUUGUAUGUGUGUGCUGCCUUCCUCGUGAGAUGGAGGAGAGAGAUUCUAGAAGAAAGAGAUUUCCAAGAGUUGCUGCUCUUCCUCCAGAACCUGCCUACUGCCUCUUGGGAUGACCAGGACGUCAGCCUGCUGCUGGCCGAGGCCUAUCGCCUCAAGUUUGCCUUCGCAGAUGCCCCCAAUCACUACAAGAAGUGAGCCUGGGGCCCAUGGCAGUGGCCUCACCCUGGGGAUAGCAUCCCCUCCCUGCCUGGGCGGUUGCUGGCCUCUGGCCUGGUCCUUUCGUGGUGUUGCCUAGCAGAAUGGGCCCCGGCAUGGUCCAGGGCUGGCAGGAUAGGCAGCGUCAGUUUGAAGAGAUACCAAAGAGAGCCCAGGAAAGAAUCCUAGCUUCAGAAGCUCAGUGUGGCCAGGCGUGGCCCUCACCCUGGCCCUUCCUUGCCAAAUGCCCUUUCUUGGGCCCCCAGUCCAGACAGCCAAGAGGAAGUCUCCCUCAGAAGAGGCCUGCUGUAUGGGUGCCAGGCAGAGGUGGGCCUCAGGCCUGCUCUGAAAUGCACAAAUCCAUUCUGCCGAGUGAAAUACUGAAGUCCAGACAAAAUGCCAAGCAUGACUUGGGCUAAGCUAGGGUUUCUGCACACAGAGCCUCUGAUGGUCUCCAUGCUUAGGCUUGACUUGGGGUGAGCCUGGCUAGAUCAAGAG